UCUCUCUCCCCCGCGCUGUGCUGUCUAACUCUCUCUCAAGCCUCAGCUCUUCCAUUCCGCCGCAUUCCCUCAAGUCGCCAUGGUUUGUCGCAUCUAUGGCGUUGCCAAGCUCCGGAUCUUCCUUCUUCUUCUUCUUUUUGGCUUCCCCCUUGCGUUGUCGGAAAUGCCAAAUACCAGGUCGUCGGUCAGCUCUGGUCAGAUAAACUCCAACUCGGUUCUGGUGGCUCUUCUGGACUCGCAUUAUACGGAACUCGCUGAGCUUGUGGAGAAGGCUAUGCUCUUGCAGACUCUGGAGGAUACUGUCGGCAGCCACAAUAUCACCAUCUUCGCGCCCAGAAAUGAAGCUCUCGAACGCGAUCUUGACCCGGAGUUCAAGCGCUUCCUUCUUGAACCCGGUAAUCUCAAGUCUCUCCAGACCUUACUCAUGUUCCAUAUCAUUCCUACCAGAAUAGGAUCGGAGCAGCUUCUGACUCGGACCGGGUUGACCCGUCACGAUACGCUUUCCAAUGACCAUCUACAUCUUGAGAACAAUGGGACUGCAGAAUGGACGGUGGAUCGCGCCAAGAUUAUCCAACCUGAUGCGGUGACCCGACCCGAUGGCGUCAUCCACGGGAUUGAGCGCCUCUUGGUGCCACAGUCCGUGCAAGACGACUUCAACCGCCGGCGAAGCCUCCAGUCUAUCACGGCAGUGAAGCCAGAGGGAGCACCGGAAGUGGACCCGAGGACUCAUCGGCUGAAGAAACCUGCCCCACCGGCGAAACCCGGUUCUCCUCCUGCUUUGCCAAUCUACGAUGCAAUGGCUCCUGGUCCUGCACUAGCUCCUGCUCCAGCGCCGGGACCAGGCGGAGCUCACCACCACUUCAAUGGUGAAGCCCAGGUGAAGGAUUUUAUUCAGACACUGCUCCAUUACGGCGGGUACAAUGAAAUGGCAGAUAUAUUGGUGAAUCUAACAUCCUUAGCCACUGAAAUGGGUCGACUAGUCUCCGAGGGGUACGUGCUCACCGUUUUGGCUCCCAAUGAUGAGGCCAUGGCUAAAUUGACUACCGACCAAUUGAGUGAACCAGGUGCACCGGAACAGAUUAUCUAUUACCAUCUUAUACCGGAGUAUCAAACCGAAGAGAGUAUGUACAAUGCAGUCCGACGGUUUGGUAAGGUCCGGUAUGAUACCCUACGGUUGCCGCAUAAGGUGGUGGCUCAAGAGGCAGAUGGAUCAGUGAAAUUCGGGCAGGGAGACGGGUCGGCGUAUUUGUUCGACCCGGAUAUCUAUACGGAUGGGCGGAUCUCGGUUCAGGGCAUCGAUAACGUAUUAUUCCCACUGGAGGAGGAGACGAAGCCCAUUAACAGGACGGUUCAACCCGCUAAGGUCGUUGUCAAGCACAGAAGAGGAAAAUUGCUGGAGGCAGCGUGCUGGGUGCUUGGAACCAUUGGACAACAUGGUAGAUUUACCCCUUGCCACUGAAAGUCCUCAUCAUCCUUUUCCAAGCAAGAAUUUUAAAAAUUACACACCCAAGCUGCUCAAUAUUUGUGAAAAUUCCAUAGAUGUAAAAAGCCAUGGAAUAUGGACGCAGCACACUUGAAUGAAGAAGAGUUGCAUUAAUUUUUUACACUUCCAGUUUCCAUAGCCCUAUUAUAUAAGAUAGUGCAUAUCACGUGUAUCUAGAUUUAUUAUUUCAACAAUUUGUUAGGUAGAUUGUGUUGUUGGGGAAGGUUCGGCCAUUUGUGUGAGGGGCUUCUUACUGUUGAUAAGUGCGAAUUCAAUAAGCACUUUUACGGAAGAAAUGGAAAUACAAUAAAAAUUAUUCUUUGAUUUAA